CGUGACGUCACGUCCGGGAGGGCGGAGUCGAGAGGCCAGAAGCUGCGGUUUCCGGCCGAGGCGCGGGACCGGAAGGGAAACUAUGAGUUGGAUUCCGUUCAAGAUCGGACAGCCUAAAAAACAGAUUGUGUCCAAGACAGUUGAGAGGGAUUUUGAACGGGAAUAUGGAAAGCUUCAACAGCUGGAAGAUCAAACGAAGAAGCUCCAAAAAGAUAUGAAGAAAAGCACAGAUGCAGACCUAGCCAUGUCAAAGUCGGCUGUCAAAAUCUCAUCCGAUCUCUUGGCCAAUCCUCUCUGUGAACAAGACCCUAAAUUUCUCGAAAUGGUGAUGGCUCUGGACACAGCAAUGAAAAGAAUGGAUUCUUUUAACCAAGAGAAGGUGAAUCAAAUCCAAAAAACAGUCAUAGAGCCCCUGAAAAAAUUCAGCAGUGUCUUCCCCAGCCUAAAUAUGGCGGUGAAGCGUCGGGAACAAAUCCUGCAAGAUUACAAACGGCUGCAGUCCAAGGUGGAGAAGUAUGAAGAAAAGGAGAAAACGGGGCCCAUCCUGACCAAGCUACACCAGGCCCGAGAAGAACUGAGGCCGGUGAAAGAUGACUUUGAGGCCAAGAACAAGCAACUUCUGGAAGAGAUGCCCAAGUUUUACAGCAGCCGCAUCGAUUAUUUCAAGCCCAGUUUUGAAUCUCUGAUCCGAGCGCAGGUGGUGUAUUACACCGAAAUGUACAAAAUAUUUGGCGAGUUAACCGAACAGAUUGACGAGCCCGACUUAACCGACGAGCAGAGAGAGAAAGAGAGCGAAGCCAAGCUGAACGAGUUGAGGGCUCUCUCCAUUGUGGCCGAUGACUGACCGCCAGCUUUUACGGAAGAAGCGGAUAAAGACAGGAAGUUGGAACAUUAUUUCUGAAGGCUUGAAUCCUUUAAAACAGGGGUCUCCAACCUUGGUCACUUGAAGGCUUGUGGACUUCAACUCCCAGAGUCCCUC